AUGAAUAAAAAUCAUGGUUUUUUAAUGAAAUUAUUUUUCCGUGAUACAGUUACAUUUGGUUUAGGUACAAUAAUGACAACAAUUAUACUUAAUAUAAGUGAUUUAUUUACUUUUAAAAAAUUAAAAUCUAGUCAUCAAUUAGAUGAAGUUGAACUACAAACAUUUCUUGGUUUUUCAUUAUUAAUACUUUGGCAUAUAUUUUUGAUUAUAAUGGUGCAAAUACAUGCAUUCAGUUUAUAUAUGGCUAAUAUUUUAUUACAUAGCUGGCAACAAUAUAAGAUAAUCAAACAGAAUUAA